AGUGACCAAUUUAAGUGGUGCCAAUUAAGUCAAUAGUCAAUAGACUCACUACUCAGAAAUGAAAAAUACUACAAAAUAACUAUGCUCCCAUAUGUUAAAUAUAACGACACUAGUUUCUUGGUCCUUACAAUUAUUUUUCUUUCUUUGUAAGUAUGGAUUCAAAAUUGCUUUUGGUUACUCAAUCGGGUAGUGUUGAUGAUUUAUAUUCUCUUAUUCAAGCGGCUCCCGAUAUUCUUCAAAAAGUUGACGUUUUACCUAUCAUCCACACACCUCUCCAUGAAGCGUCAUCUGCUGGGAAGUUAGAUUUGGCAAUGGAACUGAUGAUUCUAAAGCCAUCUUUUGCCAAAAAACUUAACGAGUAUGGGUUAAGUCCGUUGCAUCUCGCUGUCGAAAACGACCAGGUUGAGUUAGCACUAGAGCUAGUCAAGGUUGAUCCCAGUCUUGUUCGUAUUCGUGGUAGAGGAGGUAUGACACCAUUGCAUCUUGUGGCAAAGAAAGGUGACGUAGACCUUCUUACAGAUUUUCUCCUAGCAUGUCCUGAAAGCAUUAAAGAUGUGAAUGUAAAUGGAGAAACGAUUUUACACAUCACGAUUAUGAACGAUAAAUACGAGCAGCUCAAAGUUCUCACAGGGUGGAUGCAGAAAAUGCGCGAUAGUGAUGAUGUGUUCAUCGACGUCCUAAACAGACGUGAUCGUGGAGGCAACACGGUUUUGCACCUAGCUGCAUACGAGAACAAUGACAAGGUAGUAAAACAGCUGGUAAAAUGCCUGUCACUGGACCGGAACAUCCAGAACAAAAGUGGCAUGACGGCCCUUGAUGUCUUACGAGCCAGAGGAUCUCACAUGAACAAAGAAAUAGAGGAAAUCAUACAAAUGUCCGGUGGUAAGACCGGAGGCUCUCUAUCCGGAAUUCAGGAAUGGUAUAUCUUCCUGAGGGAACCGGUCACUUUCAAGGAACAUUGCAAGACGCGAAUUGCACGUUACAGGAGUCGCAUAUCAGACGGAUCACGUAACGCUCUUCUAGUAAUAGCAGCUUUGAUAAUCUCAGCCACUUUUCAGACUGCAGCCCAACUGCUAGACAAAGAAAAACUAGAUAAAGUUAAAAAGAAUGGUAUGAGGUUUUCGGAAUUCCAACUAUGGGGAUGCAAUACGGUAGCGUUUUCCAUAGCUAUCCUAUUUUCAUUUAUUCUCUUACCAGUUGGCAGAGCAUAUGAGUGGUGGUAUUUCAUUAUUACGGUGCCCCUCGUCUUCUCUUAUUUCCUUUUGAUGUACAUGAUGCAUGGUCUCUCAUUCUUCUUCCUCAUCAUAUAUGAAGGGGGCUUAUUCCUCGUGUAUCUACUGGUAUUAUAUGUAAAGUGGAAACGGUGUACGCAGAUGAAGGUACGCAAACCCAAAAGCGACCUGAUUUCUGACAACUUCAAGAACAUGGUUUAACCAUUUUGAAGCGUUUGCACUUUGUUCCCUCGAAACUUUGUUUGCUUUAACUUUGUAACGUGCACUCAUUUUAAAGAUUGUAUCUUUUGAAUAAAUUACUGUAGGUGCUUAAGGUUAUGGCGGAGUCAUUAAUAUGUUUAGUUUUUGGUUCAGUUUAUUUGAUAGGCCGGUCUAACAUUGUCAAUAACGAUCAAUAUUGAUAUAGACAAGACUCAAGAGUACCCGGCUUUAGUUCG